AUGUGCGACAUACCCUUCUUCCCCAUUUUCCCAAUCUGCUUCCAAUGCGGCACAGAUCAGAACCCGUGUCAUUGUAAAGUCGUCGGACCAACACUAGGACGAGAGUAUGAUCUUCCCAUCCGCGAGCCCAAGACGAAAAACAGAGCUAACAAGGGAAUUGCUAGUGUGCUUGGUUAUCCGGUAAAAUUGAAUGGGAAAAUCAGUAACGCCAUACCGUUCUGA